AUGAGGGUCACAACGUUAAGAAAGAAAGGUUUUAACGGCUGUGACAGCCCAGAGCCCGACGGCGACGACUCCAUAGACCAGAGCCCCUUGAUGGAGGAUAAAUACCGCAAAGGCAGCGAGGAUCUGGAUAUCCUGUUCAAGAGAUAUGGUGCGCUGAACAAGAAGCACAGGGAGUGCGAGAGCCCGGAAGGGGAUGAAGUGUUUGCGCUGACCCCGCAGACGGAAGAGAAAUAUAAAAAGAUUGAUGAGGAGUUUGAUAAAAUGAUGCAGAGUUACCGGCUCGCAUCCACAGUGCCCGCUCCCAACUUCGCCAUGCCCGUGACGGUGCCGGUGACCAACCAGAACACGCUGCAGUUCAGCAACCCGGGCAGCUCGCUGGUGACCCAGUCCCUCGUGACCUCCUCGCUGACAGACCCCAGGCUCCUGUCCCCGCAGCAGCCGGCCUUGCAGAGGAACACGGUGUCCCCAGGGCUGCCCCAGCGGCCAGCCAGUGCAGGGGCGAUGCUUGGGGGAGACCUGAACAACACCAACGGAGCCUGCCCGAGCCCCGUGGGGCUGGCCGGAUCCAUGCUGGGUGGACAUGGCAAUGACAGCAGCAGUGACAGCCCAAGGCCACCCAUCUUUGGGGGAAACGGCUACGUGAGCGCCAGGGCCUCUCCGGGUCUCCUGCCCGUGUCCAACGGCAGCAGCCUGGGCAAGAUCAUCCCGGCCAAGUCCCCGCCGCCGUCGCACGGCGCGCAGCUGGCGGCCAACAGCCGCAAGCCCGACCUGCGCGUCAUCACCUCGCAGGGCGGCAAGGGACUCAUGCACCACCUGACUGAGGACCACCUGGCUCUGCAAAACACACAGCGGUUGGGUGUCUCUCAAGCGACUCACUCUCUGACCACACCAGUUGUUUCCGUGGCGACUCCGAGUCUGCUGACACAGGGGCUGCCCUUCUCAGCCAUGCCCACAGCAUACAACACAGAUUAUCAGCUGACGAGCGCUGAGCUCUCCUCGCUGCCGGCCUUCAGCUCACCUGGAGGGCUGUCCCUUGGCAACAUCUCUGCCUGGCAGCAGCAGCAGCAGCAGCAACAGCAGCAGCAGCAGCAGCAACAGCAGCAGCAGCAGCAGCAGCAGCAGCAACAGCAACAGCAGCAGCAGCAGCCGCAGCAGCAGCCGCAGCAGCAGCACCUGGUCCCGGUGUCACUAGGAAACUUGAUACAAGGGAGUCACUUGUCCCACACCACCACUUUGACUGUCAACACCAACCCCAACAUCAGCAUCAAGUCAGAGCCCGUCUCGCCCAACCGGGAGAGGAACACUGCCACCCCGCUCAGCACCUUCCCCCACCAGCCCCGGCACGAGCCCACCGGCCGCUCGCCCGUCGACAGCCUCAGCAGCAACACCAGCUCCUACGAGGGCAGCAGCGAGCGGGACGACCCCGCACGCCCCGAUUUCGGCUCCUCCCUGGGUCUCCUGCGAGCCACCAGCGAGCCCGAGGGGGAGAGCCCCUCCGUAAAGCGCAUGCGGUUGGAUACCUGGGUCACAUAACGGGUCCCCGGCAUCCCUGGGAGCUCCGGGAGGGGUUGGGGUGGUGGGGGG